AUGGCCACCAUCUACGCUGCCAGUUGUAAUCCGCAUCGCUCUGCCCGACGAGCCCGCUCCCCCUCUGAAAGCUCGUCAGCCUCUGAAUACACGCCGCUGCCCCCAAAGUCGAAUGAUCUUCCAACUAGCGCUCCAAGCGCCAAACGCGGUCGGAAGCCAGCCGUUCUUAGCCGUACAGCGCGUGAAGCCCAGCGUAAACUGAACCACAGCAUAAUUGAAAAGGCACGACGGACCAAGAUUAACGAAGCAUUAGCGACGCUGAAGCAGCUUGUUCCCCCUAAUUAUGGUCAGCCUGCGAUAGCACCAGAAGAAGCAGAAGAAGCGGAGGACGACGGCAAGAAGAAAAAGGGAGGCAAGCGCGAGGAAAAAGAAAAGGAGUUCAAACUUGAGAUACUCGUCCGCACUGUCAGCUUUAUGCAAGACCUCAUCGAACGCGUCAAUGUGCUCGAGGCCGCUGAGGCUGGUCCAUCAUGCUCUACUUGCAAGCGCAAACGGUCUGGGGAAGAAGAAGAAAUAGAUGAGGGGCGUGUAGGCAGGCGGCGUCAAGAGGGUGACUUCUCUUUGCCUCCCAUUUCAUCGUGGUUGCCGUCGCCAGAAUUCUCGUCUCAUUUGCCUUCGCCUCCGUCUUCCACCCACGUUGCUCCGGCACAACCACCAACCCAGCUGCCUCCUGCUCUGAGUCUGGGCCCUGGAGCUGCUCACUCCCUGCAGUCGAUACUUUCACCAGAGGAAGAACACGCCGCGUCGAUGUUGCUGGAAAUAAGAGGGUCUCGCGACAUACAGACACCAGCGACACUUCUUGGCUUGGGCAAACGAUAG